CACACAGGAGAGAAACCUCACAUGUGUGAAAUAUGUAAGAAAUCAUUUACUCGAAAAAAUAUUUUAAACAAGCAUAUGCAUAUUCACACAGGAGAGAAACCUUAUAGUAUUAUAUGUGAAGUAUGUAACACAAUGUUUAGCGAAAAUGGUACAUUAAAGAAGCAUAUGCGUAUUCACACAGGAGAGAAACCUUAUAUGUGUGAAGUAUGUAAGAAGACGUUUAGUGAAAAGGGUACUUUAAACCAGCAUAUGCUGAUUCACACUGGAGAGAAACCACACACGUGUGAAGUAUGCAAGAAGAUGUUUAGUGUAAAAGCUAAUUUAAACAAGCAUAUGCUUAUUCACACAGGAGAGAAACCUUAUAUGUGUGAAAUAUGUAAAACGACGUUUAGGGUGAAAGGUACUUUAAACAGGCAUAUGCUUAUUCACACAGGAGAAAAACCAUAUAUGUGUGAAGUAUGCAAGAAGAUGUUUCGUCUAAAGAGUCAUUUAAACAACCAUAUGCCUAUUCACACAGCAGAAAAACCUCACAUGUGUGAAGUAUGCAAGAACGUGUUUAGAAGAAAGGAUACUUUAAACAAGCAUAUGCUACUUCACACAGAAGAGAACCCUUAUAUGUGUGAUGUAUGUAAGAAGAUGCUUAGUACAAAAGAUACUUUAAAUGAGCAUAUGCUUUUUCACACAGGUGAGAAACCUUAUAUGUGUCAAGUAUAUAAGAUAUCAUUUAAGCAAAACACUACUUUAAAAAGGCAUAUGCUUAUUCACACAGAGAUACCUCACAUGUGUGAAAUAUAUAAGAAAUCAUUUAAUCGAAAAAAUACUUUAAACAAGCAUAUGCAUAUUCACACAGGAGAAAAAUCUUAUAGUAUUAUAUGUGAAGUGUGUAAGAAGAUGUUUAGCAAAAAUGGUAUUUUAAAGAAGCAUAUGCGUAUUCACACAGGAGAGAAACCUUAUAUGUGUGAAGUAUGUAAGAAGACAUUUAGUGAAAAGGGUGCUUUAAACCAGCAUAUGCUUAUUCACACAGGAGAGAAACCUCACAUAUGUAAAGUAUGCAAGAAGAUGUUUAAUGUAAAAGCUAAUUUAAACAAGCAUAUGCUUAUUCACACAGGAGAGAAACCCUAUAAGUGUGAAGUAUGUAAGAUGAGGUUUAGGGUAAAAUGUACUUUAAACAGGCAUAUGCUUAUUCACACAGGAGAGAAACCUCACAUGUGUGAAGUAUGUAAGAAAUCAUUUAAUCGAAAAUGUUCAUUAAACAUGCAUAUGUGUAUUCACACAAGAGAGAAACCUUAAAUGUGUGAAGUAUGUAGGAACACGUUUAGUGAAAAGGGUAGUUUAAAUAGGCGUAUGCUUAUUCACACAUGUGAGAAACCUUAUAUGUGUGAAGUAUACAAGACGUUUUGUGUAAAGAGUCAUUUAAACAACCGUAUGCUUAUUCACACAGCAGAGAAACCUCACAUGUUUGAAGUAUGUAAAAAAUGUUUAGUGAAAAGUGUUCUUUAAACAAUCAUAUGCUUCUUCACACAGGAGAGAAUCCUUGCAUGUGUGAAAGUAUGUAGGUAGAUGUUUAGUAGAAAGGAUACUUUAAAUGAGCAUAUGCGUAUUCGCAUAGAUGAGAAACCUUAUAUGUGUGAAGUAUGUAAAAUAUAUUUAAUCAAAAAAUUACUUUAAACAAGCAUAGGCGUAUUCUCACAGGAGAGAAUCCUCACGUGUGAAGUAUGUAAGAAGUCAUUUAAUCGAAAAAUUAAUUUAAACAAUCAUAGGUUUAUAAAGCACAGGAGAGAAAUUUAUAGUAUGUAAGUAGAUGCUUAUCGAAAUCGAACUUUACAGAACUAUAUGCGUAUUCACACAGGAUAGAAACCUUAUAUAUGUAAAGUAUCUAAGAAAAUGUUCAGUGGAAAGGGUAGUUUAAGGAAGCACAUGAUUAUUCACAGUGGAGAGAAAAUUUUUAUGUGUGGUAUUUAAAUACUCAUUAAUUUGCAUAAAGAUGAUUUAAAUAUCGAUAUCAUUCUAAGAGACUAAUGUUACGAGUUACGUAUGUAACAAAUCAUUAACAGCGAUAAGGAAGUUGAAGAAAUAUAUAUUUUAUCUAUACAGAAGAGAUACCUCCUGUGUUUUGAAUAUGUAUUGAAAACAACUUUUACUUAACCUUUGCAGUAAGCACUUCUGUGUGUAGCUGGGAAAACCUCAAUAUUUGAGGUCAAGUCUGGAUUUUUCUCAUCGGUUAACAAAAUUUAAAUACAAUAAAAUUUUUAGAAUUUUGAGAGGCAAAUCUGAAUAGCAUACAGCCCAUUAGUGACCCUGUGGGACAAACAUAAAUUCUCAUUUGAUGAAAAUAAGUUAUAAAUUAUUUAUUCCCAUAAUAUGAAACAUUUUUCAAGAUAUUUUUGCAUGAUAAUAAAUGUUCAGUGUUUAUAUCUGGUGCGUAAUGAAUUGCGGAUAAUUUCAAAAACAAAAAUUCUAUAAGGUAGCUAAAUGUUUAAUUGAAUAUCUGUGCAGUAAAUUAUAUGUGUUUUAUGUUAAACUUAACUGUGUCUGAAUUUUGUACUUUUAUGAAUUACAGCUGGGCUAGUACAUAUAGAAAUGUCAUUCUUGGUGCCUGUCAUGAAAAAUGUAUUUGCUAUUUCCAUUUGUCAUGAAAAAGUACUGAAGACCAUGCCUAUCCGGCUUUAGUAUCAAAUGUGUCAGUGUAUAACAUUUGUGAAAUCAGUGCAAUGUUAGAAAGGUGAAAUGAAAUUUCAGACAUUUUCAGUCAAAUCUUGGACAUAUCAAAUUGAGCAAUCACAUGUAUAUAAUGCAUAUAAGAAGAAAUUUGGCAAACAUCAUUUCUCUGCAGUGAGAAUCUUUGGAAAGACUGCAGCUGAUAUAUUAGUUUUGACAAAGUGGAUAACAUGGUCAAGUGAGAUUGUUAUUAUGCCAAGCAGCAAUAACUUUAGGGGGCAUGACAGUAUGAUGGCGCAAGAUACUGAAUACUGAAGAUUCAUAUUUGGGUCAGACUACCAGUAUUCAGCAAUUGUAUUGCUCAACUUCUUGUGAACUUGAACAAAACUAUGAAUAUCUUGUUAGUGAAACCUAUGACGUAAGAAAAUCGGGAAAAUUUAUAAAGUUUUCAAAAUUAAAACAUGGUCGAUUUUGUUAUGUUUUAAAUAUACUCCUGCCACAUGGAUAGAAGCUGAAUGAUCAUUGUCCUGCUUACAACAGGUAUAACAUGUCAAUGUAGAAUCAGAAGGAAAGUUGAGGUUAUUCGAAUAUGGCAAAGAAUAAUGGCUAUCGACCUGAAGAAGGAUGCCUUUUUGAACAACUUUCUAAGGGAAACUGGCUUAUAUUUGCUUUACAUAUGAGGAAAACUACAGAAAUCAACCCAUUAACCAUGAUGUAAAACCAGAUCAAACUACCAGUAUUCAAUGGUCUUAACCAGUUGUAGGAAAAAUCUGAAGAAAGUGCUUGCAAUAUCAUGUAAUCAGAAGUUAACUAUGUUUUGCAUUGCAGGAUUACUUUUUCAAGUGUUGAGUUUGCAAGAAAUGGCGUUAUAGUGAUUAGAUAAAGAAGUGUGAAAACCAGUUGAAGUUUCACAAGAACAGAAGUCAAGCAACAUGAAACAUUUGAAGAUUAAAUUUGAGAGAUCCUCUUCCAAAGGUAGCAUUCCUUAGCUAAGUCACUCUUGCAUGCAAAUGAUUUAUUGCGUAUAACAUUUUCAUGUGAUUUUUGAUGAGAAUAAAUAAGCGCAUGUAUUGCUAAAUUACCUUUGAAUUUAAAUGAACUGCUAUAUUUAGCACAUGUUUAUGACUUCUCACCAGUGUGGGUAAAAAUAUGUUUGUUUCUAACACACAUUUUACUGGGAAUAACUAGUUACAAAUAUCACAUUCAUGUCAUUUCUCAUUGUUAUGGAUCAGUAUUUGUCUUUUUUAUGCACUUGUGUGUGCAGAUGAUUUACAAAUUUUGCAUUCAUAGUGUUUGCCCCAGUAUGUGUAAACAUGUUUAUGGCAGUGUGACCUCAUAAAAAUGCAAGAAACCCCAGAAAACAGUUUUACUAUCCAAAUCAGAGCUCCAACCACAUUGCUUAGAAUUCGUAAUUAAAAGAUUUGAUAGAAAAGUGUUCCUGAAAAGAAUUAUUUUGGAAUUUUCCUUGAUAAAUUUACUCCUAUUUAUCUCAGAUACGGAACCAAAAUCAAGAAGAAUUAAAUAGCAUUAGUAAAGAUCAAUGUGUUGAAAUAUGAAAAAUUGUCUGUUUUUGGAAUAUGAGGGCAUACAAUUUAUACUCUUGCUAUUUGGAGAAGUCAUCCAGCGCUGUGCAAGCAUUUUGUAUUGAAUGAUAAAUGCAAGCAUUUUAAAUAGAAUGAUAAAUAUAAGUAUUUUCUUAAUCAACUUGUAGGCUGGAAUUUUUAAUACUGGGCACUGAUGAUUGUAAUCAAACCUCAGUUAUAAUCUCUAAUAUUUUGUGAUUUGUUUUAAUUUUAAAAUGUUUUUUAUUCUUGCAUACUGAUUGGUUUUUCCUGUUGCUGUAAAACAUAUUAUUAAAAAAGACGUUUUGUCU